ACAAUAUUCUCUUAUUCAAUAAAGUCAGAGUUCAGGAUUUUGAAUUCCAAUGGAAAAGUUUCCAUUUAAAUAAGAAGCUUUUAGAAGAUCGCCUGCAUCAGAAGAAGAUGCACCUCAGACAUAUUUUAAUUGACAGAGUGAUGUUGCAACAUGAAUUCAGAAUAGAGAGCAGAAAUUGUUCCUUUACAAACACACACAAGCAAAUAUUGCUUGAUUUGUUUGAACUGAGCACAUCUAGAUAUAGUCAGGUGAGAAUAGCAGCCCAAUGUAAGCUAUAUGCAAUAAUUGCCUAUUAUCCUUAUUCGUAUGCAGUCCUGACUGAGCAGAUAAAGAAAAUUUUGCAAAUGGAUUCCCAGCAGUGUCACAAAAAAUUUAAGGGGUGCCUGUAUGUUCUGUUAGGCCCAAAAAAUUCACCAAUAGUCGCAAGGCAUGACUGGAAAUUCAUUGAACAAAUAUGGCCUUCAAUCGUGAAAUCUGUACCAUCUGAAAAACCUUCUAUUAUCAAUCUGAUUACAACUGCUACUAAUGUAGUAGACAAAUAUUUCCCUACGAUUGCUAUCAAUCUGAUCAUUCCACAGAGUACUUUAGAUGCUGCUUACAGAUUAUGCAAUAACAUUCCCAAGUGUGAUUUGAGUGAUUUUCAAAGUCAUAUCAACAAUGGAGAGGUUUAUCUAAGGAGGAAAUCUGAUGAACGAAGAAUAGCAUAUGAAGGUACUUUGGAAUCUCUAAUCGAUGCCUUAGAGACUGGAAAUUUACACUGGCGCUACAACACCAUGGCUAUGAAUUUCAUAAAGAAUUUAGUACAUUUGGAUGUCAAAUAUAGCCAUAGAAUUGUCAAAUUUUUCCUCAACGCCUUAAUUGAUGAAUCCAUAAUCGUAAGAAAAUUAGCAGCUAAAGUAUUUGUGUACAUUCUGGUCCAGAACAGAAUUAACUUCAAGAAAGUUGAAAUCGACCCCUACAAAUUUUCGAGCACAACAGUAAAUGGAAAUGUAGUACCUGGAAUUCGCGAGGAUAACAAAUGGUUGUUAUACAAUAGCCUGACAGCACCGAAAUCUUCAGAAGAGUGGAACGAACCUCGCUAUGUACACAAUCAAUACACUGGGUAUUAUACUUGGCCAAAAAAAUUGGAAGUUUUUGACUCACCUUCCAAACAGGUGACGCCUGCAAAAAGAAUGGAUGAUUUGACUGAAAUAGAAAAGGAAAUAUACGUUUUUUUCAGUGAUGAAGCAAAAGUGUCCACCUUAAUUAAAUAUUUAUCUAUGGAAGAGAAGAAGGGCCAUGAUCAAUUCAAUGCCUACAGAUUUUUUAUGUUCAAGGUAAUUUUUCAAUUUGUAUCUGAUGAUUAA